UUUAUGCAAAAAAAAAUCCUUUAAUAUAAAUAGCGAACGAAAUUAACACCAAAACGGUAAAGAAGAGAAAAUUCUGCGCAUACAGCAAUGGAUGCUGAAGGAAAAAUUGAACACAGAGCAAAGAAGACAAGGAGAGAGAUACUGGAAAAGAAGAAAUCAACAGAAAAUGUAAUCAAAGCUGCUUCUCUGGUUAAAGAUCAUCUCUCUAAGUUCCCGCAAUUCCGCCACUACAAACGAAAUGAAUUUCAUGCACACUUGGAUUCGGGGCGUGGCAAUAAACUAACACUUGCUACAAGAAAGUACAUACAAAAUCUGCUCAAGUUAAAUAUGGAGGCGCCUUACGGAUCCGAGUGGGCUGCUGAAGAAAAGAUAAAGCGACGAGAAAUGGUUGCGGAGGAAGCAUGUUAUAUAUUUGUCCACGAAAUCUUGAACGAAGCCUCUGAAUUAAAGGGCAAGAAUAGUGUAUGCCGUUGUGUGGGCCCCAUUGUUGGUUUCGUACAUUACCGGUUUGUUGUGGAGGAAGAAGUUCCCGUUGUUUAUGUUUACGAAUUACAGCUCGAGCCUCGUGUUCAUGGCAAGGGGUUGGGAAAAUUCCUAAUGCAAUUAAUCGAGCUUAUUGCUUGCGAGUGCGGAAUGGGUGCUGUGGUGCUAACUGUUCAAAGAGCAAAUCGGUUGGCAAUGGACUUCUAUAUUAGUAAACUUCGGUACACGAUUUCUGCAAUUUCACCUUCGAGAGUUGAUCCAUUGUUAGGACCAGAGAAAAGCUAUGAGAUUCUUUGUAAAACAUUCGACCCUGAUGCUCAAGCAGUCUUUGAGGCGGCCCAAGAUUCCGCAGCCGACACAUGAGACACUUGGAUGGCUGAUAUAACCGUGUAGCUCUGUUCUCGCCCACACGGUGAUAAAU